CACGCGCAAUGCAGUGCCGUGCGACGAGGUGCCGUAGUGACAGCGGUGACGUGACUAGUAGUUGCUCAGGAGGGUGUCACACAAUCGCCUAGCAUGUCAGAAAUGGGUUCCGAAAUGCGAUAAGACAAUGACAGCUCGCCUUCCGUUCGCGGAAGGCAGCUCCUCAUUUACGAGUUUUUUACAUUUAUAAAGGUUUACAGGUAUAUGGUCAAAAAGUGAAUCUUCAAUGGUGCGACCAGCACGCGCGGAAUUUGAAAGCAAUUGCACCGCUUGAACAAUUCUGUCCAUGAUCGAAUUACGUAUAUUUGCAAAGUGGUUGUGAUAAUUAUGCAAAUUUUGCAGAAUUACGUACCGAGCCAAUUGAAAUUGAGGGAUACAAUUAUGUUUGCACUCUAGGUGCAAGUAUAGUCAAUAUUUCUCUGAUUAACAUUAAAAUUUACCAAUUUAGCAUACUCUAAAAGUCUGUUAUUUUGCACGUAAUUGCUAGUCAUCAUAAAAGUGUUUAAAAAAAACUAUUUUUUGUAAAAUGAAAUUUUAAAAAAUAUUUUCACAUUUAUCUGCUUGAUAUGUUAUAAUUUUUACACUGUACAUUUGCUGAAUGUAUCUCUUUAUUAUCUUGAUGAAAUAUACAAGUAUAUUCUCACCAAAAGAGAGAGUGAAUUUAAUGAGUGGUUGACAUUUCUGGAAUAUUAGUUUCAUGAAAGAAACAAGAAGAAGUUGUUUAGUUUAUUAUUGAAUUUACAAGAUCAACAUCUUAUUCAUCACUGUUUUCCUUACAGUGUCUGUAGAAACCAAAUUGCUGUUAUUGCAAGAGUUCAUCAUUGUCAUUGCAAACAUAUUUUGUCUCACCAUUGAUAUACCAAGAAUAGUUGGUGAUUGAACCUAUGUACAUGGAAAAGGCUGACACCAUGCUCUCAAGCCCAAGAGACAGGCACAUACUUCCUCGGCUGCGAGUGCCUUUGGCACUCCUUGCUGCCGUGAGUGCUGCUCUCCCGUUGGCCGGGUUGGCAUUCUGUUUAGUGUGGUCAGUGGCUUUUGCACAUGAAUAUACCACACGAACACAUUGUGAUGUUGAGAACAUACUGCCUUCUAUCUCAUCUGCAGUGGGGAUGGUCUACCCACAGUACUACAUCUGGCGUCUAGCAGUGGUAGCUCAUGCCGGACCACGCCUGCUUGUUGUGUGGGGCUACCAUCGGUGGGUGUUUGAAAUGCACCGCCGGUUAGGGUAUUAUGAAGUUGUACUCAGACAAGCUGCUAAAGCUGCUGGGAGGGCUGCAUGCUGCCUUCACUUGGUAGAAGUGGCAUCACUAAUUGGCUUGACGUUGCGAUCUUCAGCAGAGAAUUAUCGUGCUCAUGUGCGAUCAUUGGUUGUGUUUGUGGCUUCCUCCCAAGCUCACAUGGUGCUGGCAGUGUGGUUGCAGGCAUGUGGUCGAGGACAUCCACCCCGGCCAACAGAAGCUCGUGCUUUACGUUUCAAACGUAAGCUGAUGGCAGCAGACUUGGCAGCAUUUGGCCUUGCUGGAUAUUGUUUCUGUAGGCACAAUUGGUAUUGUGAACCAUAUAUGUAUUCAAUAUUUGCAUUCUGUGAAUACACUUUGGUUUUGGCUAACACAGCCUUCCAUGCAUCUGGUUACUGGGAGUUGUCCCCUUCUGCUUUGGUGCUAGGAGGGCCAGUUGGUCUUUCUGUACUUCCACCAACUCCUCCAUCACCACCAGCCAUUCACAGAUGACAGACUUCCAUGAAGAAUUGGAGUACUUCUGAAAAUGGGCUCACUUAUCAGACAAGAAAAUUUUGGUCUUAUUGUAACACUAAGAAGUGCUGUUGACAUCGUGCUUUAUAAAUAAGUAUAAGUGAUAUAAUUUAUACAUAUAAAAUAGCAAUUUGGAAUAUACAAAAAACUUGGUAUUGAUAUUAAAAGUCCUACAACAUUACUGAUGCACAUACAUCAUCAUUGUAAAUCACAUUCUAGAUUUUGAACAUUGUAAAUACAAAAUAAAUUCUUUGUGAAGCAGAACAUGCUAUUCAAAAUUGAACUCUGAAUUAUAUUUAUCAAAAGACAGAUACAUAUUUCUCAAAACAUCAUUUGUGGCACUAGUGAAUGGUUGAGAAAACAAUGUUUUUAGGUUGAAAUGUCAAUUACAAGCCCUAUGAAACAAAGCAAACAAUAGUAUUUAAUAAUAGUAUUUAAUAAUUUCAAUAGUAUCUCAAAGUAAGGUUCCAAUUCAGCACUUUUUUUUCUAUUAUAUUAUUUUGAAAAUAUUUACAUGCCAAUCUAAUGAAAGAGCACAAAGUCUCCUAUAAAACAUUGAGUUUCAAUUCUCAGAAAAACAUGAUUUAAACUAUUUUUCAUGUGUGCCAAAUUUCUUACUUAUAAGAUAUAAAUCCAAAAAUAAUUUUAAAAAAAUUAAAUUUGUUGAAUUCCGAUACCUUCAAUCUUAAGUCAACUGGCAUUUGCUUAAAAAUCAAAUUGGGUAGAGAUUUGGAGAUGAGAAAUAGCAUAGAAAAUAAUUGGGAACAAAUAAGUCAGUAUUAUUAUGAAUGCAAUUGAGAAAAGAAAACCUAUACAAGUUAAUAUUUUAGUUUACACAUAUCAAACAUAACAUAUUGUCUUUUGAUAUCCUUUUUAAAGUAGUUGUCAUAUGAGCAUAUUCUCACAAUAUGUUAUACUUUUGAACACUUAUUUCUAAAACAAAAUAUAUAACAUUCCUACUAUUAUUGCAAUUUUAUUCAGACAAAUUGUAACAUUCUAAAAGAUUUCUCUGAUGAAUUUGUAUAUCCAUGUAUGCAUGAGAUAUCAAUUGAAAUGAAUUGUACAUUAAUUAAAGUGAAUAAUAAAUAAUAUUUUAAAUAUUUUUAAGUUUGUAUUUAAGAAUGUUGUUAUUGAUAUAGUAAAGAUUAAUAAUUAUAAUAAUGGCUUCUCCAGUUUGGAGUUCUUCCCUAUUGAAUUGGCAAUAUAAGUUAUGAAUUGAUGUAAAUUAUGCAAAGGAGGAAAUUAUUUCCAUGCAGCUUGGACAAGCAGUGAAUUAAAACUGAAAAAAUUAAAACACAAAACAUUUAAAUUAUCUAGUUUAAUAAAAAUAUGGAAUAUCUCCAAAACUUUUUUCUGGUGGAUCAAGAUGUAAUAGGAAAUUUACAUGACAAGAGUUUGAGUAGAAUAUUGUAUAAAAGAACAAACGGGGAGAUUAUUGUAAGUCAAAUUUUAUAAUCACAUACAUUAUAUAAACAUAAAUUGCUUACAGACUCAGACCUUUGAUAUGAGAGAAAAAAAAAUUUUAGACUCAUAUUCAUUCACAGUUCAUGAAAAAAUUACUGUCUUGUUCAUCAAUUGAUUUUUGUGGAUCAAAUAAUAUUGCUCACAUCAUUUUCCAACUAGCUAUUCUACACAUUUUUGCAAUGAAAGCUUUACAACCAACUUUUUGCCAACACCAAUUUUACUCUGAAGUAUACAUAACUUUCCAAUUUCAUUGAGCCUUACAUAAUGUAUGACAAUAAAAUGUUGCUUCAUUAUAAUAAUAAUAAUAAUAAUAGCUAUGAAUUCAUAAAUUGAACUCUCUGCUUGUUACUGGCCAUGGCUCAAAUAUUUGUAAAAUAAAAGAAUUUUAAACGUAAAUAUAUUUCCUCACAUAUUGCCAAUUUCUCUGUAUGACAUUGUAUGACAUUUGAGAAAUAUAAUGUGCAUUCAUAUAUUCUUAUAUUUGUGAGCACAUCUUAAUUCAAGGAAUUGUUAUUCUAAUACACAAUAUUAUAUGAUAAAGAAAUGUAAUAGCUUAUGAAAUUUCCAGAAUUUUCAUUAGCUAUAAAUUUUUAUGGUGUUUGAUGACUAAUGAGGAUUUUAUCAUUAGUUACAUCUUGAUAUAAACUUAUAACCAUUUAUGAGCACUUUGUAAAAUGUAUUGAUUGAAUAAAGAUUUAUUU